AUGGUUUAUCGACUUCCACCUGAAGUUCUACAAAAAAUAUUUUGCAAUAUUAAUGAUUGCGAUCUAUACCCAUGUGUAUUACUGGUAAAUCGUCAAUGGUGUGCUAAUGCGGUCUCUUUAAUUUGGAGAGAAACACUUAAUAAGCCUAUGGGAAUACCCUCAUAUUAUAAAUUAAUUCAGAUCUAUGUUUCUUGUAUGCCUGAUGGAUCAAAAACUUUACUUAAAAAUGCUGGCAUAGGACCGACAACUGCAUUAUCAUCUACGGUUACCUUAUUCAAUUAUGCAUCUUUCUUACGAAAAAUAGAAUUAACUUCCAUAUAUGAGGCAGCUACUCUUUGGGUAUCUGCUAAUUCUGGUUCGAAUAGUAGACUUAAAAGACUCGGUAGGUUUGAUCUUGACAGCUUAGAUAAUAUUAACGAAAAUGAUCCAGAAAUUCAAAAAUAUGAACAAAUGCAAGAAUUAUUUUAUCGUGAACUAUUGAAACUUUUUGUUUCUCUAUGUCCUAACUUGAGAUAUAGCAUAAUCAUUCGAAACGUUAUUUGGAAAGGUGAACUUCAAUAUCUACAUAAUAUCUCAGAUAUCAUUCCCACUUCCUCGUAUCUCGAUAAAUUAGGUUGUUAUACUUCUUGUCCAUCAGAUAUUUUUGAAUAUCUCGGUUCAACAUUUUCUUCACUUGAUCAAUUGGAUAUAGAUUGCCGAUAUGAUGAUAAUGAUGGGUUGGCUUCUUUUAUUGAUAAAAUUGAUUCUUUGCAAUCUUUGACAAUAAAGAGAACAGAUAACCGCAUUCCAAAAAUCAUUAAAGCACUUCGAGAUAAGGUCAAAUCACUUUCCUGUCUGCACAUAAUGAAUGGUGGUUUAUUUCCAUUAGAUAUGUUUGCUCAUUGUCAAAAUUUGAAAUCAUUGAAAAUAACGGAAGAACCUGAUAGAAUUUGGAGAGAUUUACGUAGAGAAUUUGAGGAAUUUGAAGAAAAUUUUUUAGAACCGUUUAUAAAACCCUCAGUAUUUAAACAACUCACCAUUAUUCAAAUUGAAAUUGAUGACACUAUUAAUAUUUUUCAACUUGCCACCAUUAUUCGUAACACUAAUGGUCGACUUUUGGAAUUAUUGUUGAAAUGGAUUGAAGAGGAUGACUCUGAUAAUGAAAAUUUGUUAUAUUUAACAAUAAUAGAACAUUGUCCUCGUUUAACAAAGCUUAAAAUUCCAACAACAGGUGAAACUGUUAAACAUCUGCCCUCGAUUUUUCGAUCAUGUACACAUUUGGAAAAGGUGGAAAUGUUAGGCUUAGAGUCAAAGAUAGAGAUUAGCGAGUUAAUGCCAUUUCUCGGUCAAACAAUUUCUUCAAAAUUGAAUUCACUUCAUUUUGAUUCUUGUUUUAGAGUGACAACAGAUUCAUUGAAUAUUUUUCUUGAAUUAUGUUAUCAAAGAUCAAUUUCAUUUUUGGACCUGGUUUUUCAACAAGCAGAAGAUUGGUUUUCCUGUGAACAAACACAUUUGAUUAAUCAUCACAUGGGACUGGGGACUUUGAAUGUAACUUCAAAUAUGUGUUGGUUUAAUGAAAUAGAAUAUCAUGAUAUUUUUGGUGUAUUGCCUUACUAA